AUGGCGUCCUUCGAUGACUUCCCCGGCCUCAACGAAAGCCGUGACAAAGGUCCCAGGUUCCAAGUCCGGGUGUCUACCUUGGGUUCGCUUCUUGGCAUGCUGACUGCUUACGGCGAGUGGAGGCCCGAGGACUUGAAGGAAGCGGUCGAGGCCAAUUGGAACUGGUCAACACAUAGGCAGCGGCUCUUCUUCGGGGACCUUGAGCUGUGUGAUGUCCUGCUCCAGGCCAACCGGCACCCUGAUAGGUCUUACUCUGGGGAGCUGUGGGACCUGCUCGAUCAUCCUCGUGACGGUGACGUGGUGGAUCUCAACUUGCUGAGUCGGACCGCAGAGCAGGAAAAGUUUUUGGCGUCACUGUCGGACAUGUUGGCUGAUGGUGAUGUUUCGGAGUUGGUGCAGACUGCACCUGCGGAGGUGCGUGGUGACAGGAAUUGCAUGCUCGCUGUCAUCGCAUGGAACUACAACUAUCCCGACUUGCAGUUCGCCAGUGAAGAGCUUCGAGCAGACAGGGAGUUCAUCUUGCAGUGCGUGACCAUCUACGCCCGGUGCCUGUGGUGCAUAGGAGAGCACUUGGUCGGUGACAGGGCCUUCAUGGAGGAAGCAAUCCGCCGGUCGCCAUUUGCGUUGGAGUAUGCGACUGACGACCUCAAGAACGAAGAGGCUUUGGUGCGGCUGGCUCUCAAGGGUGCGCCUUCUGCCCUGAGUACAGCAGCACCUCGGUUCAGGGACAUGAAGGAACUGGUCUUAUCAUGUGUUACGGAGAGUGGCUAUGCCCUCCGCGACAUGAGCGACCGGAUGAAGAGCGACCGAGAAGUAGUGCUUGCGGCGGUGCGCCAGUGUCCACAGGCAAUCGAGUACGCCUCACCCGACCUGCUAGCAGACCCCGAGGUGCUUGUGCUGUUGAAGGCUGGCAAUCUUUGGUCGGAUGAUGAGCAGAGCAACGAAGGAGGCUGGUAG